CCGCCGCGCAUUCCUUCCCCCCAGGAAGUGGGCUGUCUUGUAGGACAUUGUAACCGGGCAGUAGGCAUUAGCAGGGGACACCUGGCGAGCGAGAUGUUACGCUUCGCAGCCGCUGCUCGGGCACUUAGCGUAACCUGCAGGCGGUAUGUGAGCUCGCAGCCCUGCGCCCUCAGCGGCUUCCUAUGGAUUCGGGACAAACCACAGAGGAACCACGUGGCUUUAACUCAGGUCAACUUACCUUAUGUGAGCCAUGUACGCUUUAACACUAGUUUUAUUCCUGAAAAUACUGAUCUUGGCAGAAUGGUGUAUGCUGGAAAUUUGGCUAAGUCAGUGCUUGGUGUCAAGUUCUUCUCAUAUUCCACCAGCGUUUUCACUGCCUGCAUAAUGCCCUACAUUAUGCUUCAAUCUGGCAUUGCAGUGGAUAGUUUAGCUUUGAAAAUCGCAUUUUGUAGCAUUGUAGGUUUCUUCACAUUUGUCACACCAAUUACCUUGCAUAUGAUUACGAAGGGCUAUGUGGUGCGGUUAUAUCAUAACCGAGAUAAAGACACUUAUACGGCAGUGACAUAUAAUGCUCUGCUUCGUGAAAAAAGGACAAUAUUCAGUCAAAAGGAUGUUGAGAUCCCAGGAGUAAGCAAAAUGUUCACAACAUUUUACGCCGGAAAGAAAUCAAUGCUUGUGAAUCCAGAGCUUUUUGCAAAUCCUCAGGACUAUAGUCAUCUUAUGGGAUAUGACAAACCUUUUACAUUCAAAUCUGAAGAACUGGAGCAGUCCUCAAAAGAUGAAUAAACAAUCUAUGUUUACAA